GGUAAUCGGACCGUACGAUUCCUGGAGUUUAAAAGCAACUCUUCCUGCCGGAUCUUUGAGAGAGGGAGUGAGGGAGAGGUAUGAUAGGAGUGGGGAAGAUGAAGCAAUACACGAAUGUCCUCGACAAACCUCUCAGCAAAGGCAAGCAAGAGGUUAGUCUGAGUGCCUUUGCAUUCUUGUUUUCAGAGCUUGUCCAGUACAAUCAGACUCAGGUUGACAAUAUUGCAGAGUUAGAGCGAAGGCUAGAGGAUGCUGGCUAUGCUGUUGGCGCGAGAGUUCUAGAACUGCUGUGCCAUAGAGAUAAGGGAAACAGAAGGGAGACACGAUUAUUGGGGAUUUUGUCCUUUGUACACAGUACAGUAUGGAAGGUCCUGUUUGGAAAGGUGGCUGACUCACUUGAGAAAGGCACUGAACAUGAAGAUGAAUACAUGAUCAGUGAGAAGGAACUCCUAGUGAAUAGAUUUAUUUCCAUACCAAAAGACAUGGGGACAUUCAAUUGUGGGGCAUUUGUUGCUGGAAUUGUCAGGGGUGUCCUAGAUUGUGCGGGAUUUCCAGCUGUAGUAACAGCUCAUUUUGUACCCAUGGAGGGCCAGCAACGACCGCGAACCACCAUCUUGAUAAAGUUCGCUGAAGAGCUGUCACAUAAACCAAGUGUUGGUAUUGCAUAUAUGGAAUGGACAAGGUGUAGAAAGAACAUAACACAAGUCAAAAGAUUGAUAUCUUGCCCAAAGGCAAAACAGAGAAAGCGAGUCAAGCUGCUCUUCACUUCAUAUAACAGAGGAGAAAUGCAUGAGAUGACAUAUAGAAAGCCAAUGACUGCUUUAUGUAGGAAAGGCCAAAUCCUUCUAUGAGGUACUUCGAAGGGAAGCACGUUUAGGCUGAUGUGUUCGUAUCUGUCUUGUGUGGCUGAAUGGUGAGUGUCAUCCUCUUGAACAUGUAUCAGGGUGAGAAAGACUGGUGAAAUUUUAACUGAUUUUUAUUAAUUUGAGAACAACCAAACAAGAAGAGGAAAAAGAAACCCCUUAUUCGAUACGAACUUUGUACAGAUAUUGUAGCCCAUUUGGAUGUACCCGUAGUGAAGAUUUGUUUCA